AGCAGGGGAAGGAGGCUAGGUGAGGAUGCAGUUGUUCACUCUCGCUCAAAUCCCCGUUAUGAUUUUGGAGGGUAACGCCGCAAAAUCCCUCGCUGUAUCCACGCAGCGACCAUAUCCACAUCCAGUACACACAUCCGUGCUCUGACGCACUCUGGAGAGGACACUUUUUUUGGCUGCGUCUCGACGUCUUGUCUCAAUUCAACAGGAUCUAUCGCCACUUCAGCCUCCGUUUCUGCUGCAUCGCUUCUGGUAUGCCGAGAGCAAUAAUGUUACCCCCUCCAGAGGAGAAAAAAAGAAUGAGAAGAAGAGGAGGAAGUAGCAGGUGUGCGCGUAGCGAGUUGGCAUCAAUGACAGCUCCACACGAAGACAAGAUACGAGGCGUGUAGUGCAUCCGGCAGAGGAUGCAGCUGGUUGUCAUGGCAGCAGUGCUUGCGCUGGCGGGGGCGGAGCAAGACUGCAGCUCCGGCUGUCGCCCAAAGAACAUCAGCCUCCCUGUGGACACCUGCGGCACCACCGAGUUCGUCGACACCACCAUUUGUGAAGGACAGUGUUUCCAAAAGGAUCCCAACUAUGUUCAUACUGACGACGGGCCCAAACAGAAAACCUGCAACGGAGAGUGGUCCUACGAGGUGAAAUACACAGAGCAAUGUCCACGGGGUUUCAUCUACCCUGUGGCCAGGAAGUGUGAGUGCACUGCAUGCAAUGCAAACACAGACUGCGGGACCUUGUCUGGAUACAUACCCAGCUGUUAGCCCUUUUAAAGAACCCCAGUAUUCAUCCUGCGCUUAACAGUUAUCUUCUUUGCACCUCUUCCCUCUGAAAUAAACCAGUGAUACAAGC